CCCCAGCCCUGCAAGAUGGGGAACUGCCUCAAAUCCCCCACCUCGGGUGACAUCUCCCUGCUUCAGGAGUCUCAGUCCCACCGGGCUAGCUUUGAUGAGGGGAUGGAGCUGCAUCAGCAGGAACAAGUUCCUGUUCCAGUUUAUCAUCCAACACCUAGCCAGACUCGGCUAGCAACUCAGUUGACUGAAGAAGAACAAAUUAGGAUAGCUCAGAGAAUAGGCCUUAAAGAGCAUCUGCCUAAAGGAGUUUAUGACCCUGGAAGAGAUGGAUCCGAAAAAAUCCGGGAGUGUGUGAUCUGUUUGAUGGACUUUGUUUAUGGGGACCCAAUUCGAUUUCUGCCGUGCAUGCACAUCUAUCACCUGGACUGUAUAGAUGACUGGUUGAUGAGAUCCUUCACGUGCCCCUCCUGCAUGGAGCCAGUUGAUGCAGCACUGCUCUCAUCCUAUGAGACUAACUGAGCCAGGGUCUCUCGUCUGACUUCAAGUGAACCAUCAUUUUUGGUGUUUGAUCUUUCGUCACUGAGCCCUAAGAGCCAGGGAUUAGGAAUUAAGAUCAUGCACUAAAAAUUCCUGGAUGGCUGCAGAUGUUGAGGAAAGUAUGUGAUACUUUAGAAACUUAGGGGGGGGAAGUAGGAUGGUAUUUUUAUGUAAAGCCUUGACCCAGUGUUUAAGAAUAUAAUUGUAUUUAGACCUUGUUAUUGCUCCAGUACAUAGUACAAGUGUGUAAAGUGUUAAAGCAACUGUAUAUGUUUAAAUUGUGUGUGUUGAAGAUUAGGAAAAAAAGAUAGUGGUUACUUUUCCUAAAUGAAAUAAUUUUCUUCUCUCCAACAAAUUUUUUUCUGAAGUUAAUGGCAUUUG